UGUAAUAAUAAUUCUGGAUGACAUAAGUGCGUGACUAUUGAAACAGUUUUAAGAUGACGACGUUUAAUCUUCCUUCCAUUAUUUUAUGCUUGUUUAUGAUUCUCAAUUAUUGUCAUGGUAAGUGUGUAACGGCGAUCUGUGAAUAGCGAACUAACCAUGCUGAAGAAGUCAUUCAUUUUGAUUGUUUUUGUUUUGUGCCCCCACUUGUUAAGUUGCAGCUCAAUCAACUUCACUGGCCAGACACUGUCAAUCUUUGAAUACUGUUAAACUCUAACAAAUGGAGUGAAUAUUUAUUAUUAGCAUUAUUAGAUAGGUUUAGAGCAGGGGUCUCAAACUCAAAUUAUCCGGGGGCCACAGAAGGUCGAGUCUGACUGAGACAUUGCUGCAUCAAGUAGUCCACAAAAAUAGCGAUUGCAAAUUCAUUAAGUAAAACUGUUAAAAUCUGCUGAACCUUUAUUAAUAACAAAUAAAAACAUUAAGUGUUCUCAAGAAUAAGGCUUCACUUACUUCCUCUUACUCAUUGUUGCCACAGACCUGAUAUUCUUACACAGCUGAGCAACAUUAGGCUUAAAUGAUGAAGCCACUGAGAUCCUCAGUAUAGCUUGAAGAUGCUCAUUAAUAAGUUGGGCCCUGAAAUUUUACUGGCUAAAGUUCAAAGUAGAAAAGAGCUUUUCACACAGAUAGGUACAUCCAAAAAGGCACAUGAUCCGCUUGAACAACCUGGAAAUCUCAGGGAAGUUAGAGGGCAAUGCUCUCACACAUUGUCCAUGCUUGUAUUUUUUUCCAUUUAUCUCCCGGAACUCAGCCUCAAGUUCAAAAUUGCACUGAAUAUCAAUCAACUUCAUUUGAAGCGCAAAAAGGGGGGGGGGGAGUGUUUGGGGGGAUCUACCACAUUGAAGGAGAAGGGUCAACAAAACUAUGAAAAGUGGGUCUGUGUGUUUUGAAGUCUGCAAAAAUGCGAUCCGAUUCUUCCUGUAGCUUUGCUAUGNCUUGUAUUUUUUUCCAUUUAUCUCCCGGAACUCAGCCUCAAGUUCAAAAUUGCACUGAAUAUCAAUCAACUUCAUUUGAAGCGCAAAAAGGGGGGGGGGGAGUGUUUGGGGGGAUCUACCACAUUGAAGGAGAAGGGUCAACAAAACUAUGAAAAGUGGUUCUGUGUGUUUUGAAGUCUGCAAACAUGUGAUCCGAUUCUUCCUGUAGCUUUGCUAUGGCAUCAGUAUACUUACUACUGAAUUGUGUGCCCGAGUCCAUGAGUACUUGCAUUUUGGGAAAUGGCCGAUGUUCUCUAAGAACUAGAACCUAAUUUUUGUGCAAAAUGCCCUGACAUUGUAAUAGGCAACUCAGACACGCUGCCCCUGGUCUUGUAGAUUCUUUUUGAGCACAUUCAGCUCAUGUAAAAUGUCGACAAGAAAAGCAAAGUACUUGAGCCAUUUGGGAUCACUUAGCACAGGAAGGCUUUGAAGGUUAAAACGUGUUCACAAAUAAGGCAGGAUCAGUCAAUAUCUAUGAAAUAAUGAUGCGAAGGAAAAUGAUAUGGAAGGGAGAAUGAAUUUCGAUUUUUUUUUAAAUCUUUGAAAAGACCUUUUUGACUAACCCUAUUUUAAAAUUGACCAAGCUGACAGGCUCGGAAUUUCCCUCACUAGUCACUCGCAUAUACUACAGGCAAUUUUAAUAGAGACUCUUUGAUUCUGUGUUAGAUUGUUACGAUUUACACAAUUAUGGUUGUGCAUUACCCACAAACUGACUUUUUUUGCUUUUCUCAAAACCGCACUUUGGCCAUGUUUUUCUCAUAACAUGCUAUAAAAUAAAAACUUUUAGUCCAAUUUAUAAACGGUUUUACCAUUAUAAUCAAAGUCUAAACAUAUACAAACAUAAUGAAAAAUCAGAAUUAGACUAGUCGUUGACAUUUGACUGAAACCGUCGAGGAUGGUCACAUUAUAGAUAUUACAAUGGGGGCUCGGGCCGCAUUAACACUAAACUUUGUUGUCAAGUACCGGGCCGCAGAAUAUCGUCUUGCGAACCGCAAAAGGCCUCGAUCAUGAGACCCCUGGUUUCGAGGUGGAGAUUUUUUGUCUUUUAGCGUAAAUGUAGAGUUAGGGAAAAAAACAAAAUUAAUGAAUUUAUAUAAACUUAUUACAAAAGUCUUAACAUAAGAGUUAUUUUAAUUUGAUCAACAAUCUAUUUACAUUGCAAUUUAAGACGAUACCUAAAUAGGCACCAAGAAAAGGUACCAAUGUUUAUGAAAAUGUAACAUAUACAUUUAAUUGAUGAAUGUUGAUUUUGAAUUUCAUGAUUAUGUUUGUCAAACUGUAUGUACAGCGUGGUGAGUACAGCCCUAGGCUUGUUUGUCAAACUGUAUGUACAGCGUGGUGAGCACAGCCCUAGGCUUGUUUGUCAAACUGUAUGUACAGCGUGGUGAGCACAGCCCUAGGCUUGUUUGUCAAACUGUAUGUACAGCGUGGUGAGCACAGCCCUAGGCUUGUUUGUCAAACUGUAUGUACAGCGUGGUGAGCACAGCCCUAGGCUUGUUUGUCAAACUGUAUGUACAGCGUGGUGAGCACAGCCCUAGGCUUGUUUGUCAAACUGUAUGUACAGCGUGGUGAGCACAGCCCUAGGCUUGUUUGUCAAACUGUAUGUACAGCGUGGUGAGCACAGCCCUAGGCUUGUUUGUCAAACUGUAUGUACAGCGUGGUGAGCACAGCCCUAGGCUUGUUUGUCAAACUGUAUGUACAGCGUGGUGAGCACAGCCCUAGGCUUGUUUGUCAAACUGUAUGUACAGCGUGGUGAGCACAGCCCUAGGCUUGUUUGUCAAACUGUAUGUACAGCGUGGUGAGCACAGCCCUAGGCUUGUUUGUCAAACUGUAUGUACAGCGUGGUGAGCACAGCCCUAGGCUUGUUUGUCAAACUGUAUGUACAGCGUGGUGAGCACAGCCCUAGGCUUGUUUGUCAAACUGUAUGUACAGCGUGGUGAGCACAGCCCUAGGCUUGUUUGUCAAACUGUAUGUACAGCGUGGUGAGCACAGCCCUAGGCUUGUUUGUCAAACUGUAUGUACAGCGUGGUGAGUACAGCCCUAGGCUUGUUUGUCAAACUGUAUGUACAGCGUGGUGAGUACAGCCCUAGGCUUGGGUACCGCACUGUAUAAAACCAUCACUAAUAAUAAUUGUAAAUAUCUCUAUUUGAAAUUAUAUUUCUAUAGUUCAUAUAAUAUAUAUAUAUAAAACAUGUUAACGCAGAGAUGGAAAAUAUAUUCCUUUCUUUGAAUUUGUAUACAGAAUUCUGCUGGAUCUAUUUCAUUAUUAAAUAUAUAGUGCUUUUAAAUAAAUUAUGAUACUAAUAAAAGCAUAGUUUCCUUUUAUUUAAUGUAGCCUCGCAUAGGUUAUGUUUAAGUCUUACUUCAUGUUUAAGAGUAAAGAAAGGCUGCCAAUGAUUUAAAUAGAAUACAAUUUUUUCCCAAAAAUCUCCCAUUUCCAGGCAUCAAUCUUACAUUCAGCCACCAACAAGCGACGCCGGCCAACAACAACGUCUGUGGUCUUCUACGCUGUCAACAAAGUGUUAACAAACACAUCGCAUCCGUCUUGGCAGUGGAGAUCGUCGACGUAGCCAGGAAUGGUACCAAAUUAUUUUCCGUAUCUGUACUCAAGAAUUGUCAACCGCAAACAGACGAAAACGUUAUUUUGAAACAAUCGCACUUCUCUACAGACGGCGCCACGGUUGAAUUGUUCUUUAAGAGUCGAAAUGUUUGCGACGA